UUUUGAAAGACGUUUCGUCCUGUUCAAUUACAACAAUACGAUGAGUCUAGCAUGUUGUUAUGUGUAUCAAGAUAAAUGAUAUUGGCGCACGAAUGCGUGCGUCUGGCCCAAUCCCAUCCAACCCUAACCGAUCAAUAUCCUAAGCAAACUUCAAAAUGGCUGCUAUCUCCGCUGUCGCUCCCGUUCUCAACAAGGCCCCCGUGGUCUCCACCGGCAAGGCCGCCAACACCAACUCCAUGAUGGUGUGGCAGCCCCACGGCAACAAGUUCUUCGAGACUUUCUCCUUCCUCCCCCCCCUCUCCGACCAGGAGGUCGCCCGCCAGGUCCAGUACCUCCUCAACAACGGCUGGACCCCCUGCAUUGAGUUCGAGUCUGCCGCCAAGGCCUACGCCGACACCCACGGCUGGUCCGGCCUCGACUCUUCCGUCACCGCGGGCUACUACGACAACCGCUACUGGGUCAUGUGGAAGCUCCCCAUGUACGGCUGCACCAACCCCGAGGAGGUCCUCCAGGAGAUCCGCGCGUGCACCUCGGCCUUCCCCGACUGCUUCAUCCGCGUCGCCGGCUUCGACAACAUCAAGCAGGUGCAGUGCUCCUCCUUCCUUGCCCACCGCCCCCAGAACGACCGCACCUUCGCGCCCGUCACCGGUCGCCAGGUCGGUGGUGCCGGCGGUGGCGGCGGCUACGGUGCCCCCCCUCCCCCUCCCCCCCAGCAGAACUACUCCUGGUAAAUUCCCGGCUCUGAUUUGAGCCGAGGAUAACGCCUCGAGAAGCGUCGUUCUGGAAGGAUAUUAUUUUGCAUCUUCGCGCGUGAGAACGGAUCAGUCUGAACUUGUAAUCGGAGAUGAAAGAACGGUCAUAAAGAUUAAA